CGAGAAAUGACACCCAUUUUGAAUAUGGUACAGAUAUUGGCGGUGUUGAUUGGCAGAAUAAAAUUAUGACAAUUUUGCUCCUACUUGCUAGAAAUUUUUCCCACUCCUUUCCACACACAGCAUCUCUUGAUACCAUAUCUUAUUUGAUUACGCAAGUUUACAUUUCUCGUUAUUGUGAGAUUUGGUCUUCUAUCUCCCAUAUCUGUCGAUCUAUCUGUAUUUGCUCAGUCCCUGGUUUCAGAAGUAAGGAAAGACCAAAGCUCAGCAGAUCCUCAUCAUGGCCAAGCGUGCCCACCACGAAGGUGGCGAUUACCAGCCCAAAAAGAGAUCCAAGAAUGAAAGAAAUGGAGAGGGAUCGAAGAUGUCGCCGUCUGCGGAAGAUAUUAGAAAUGAACUUGAUACUAUACCAGAUGCUACUUACGUCCAGUCACCAGCCCUAGGUGAUCUUUCUCAGAUUGAGAUAGACCAGUUUCUCGCGAAGCAUUGCAUUAAAGUGACUGAUUCUUCGGAAGCGCCGCCGCUUCGCCCCAUAAUUUCGUUUUCUCACCUCCCUAGCAGCUUCAGCAAGAUCUAUGACCCAUUGAGCUCUUUCUCAUCGCCAACACCUAUUCAAUCUGCAACAUGGCCCCUGCUCUUCGCCGGUCGGGAUGUCAUAGGCAUUGCAGAGACCGGAAGCGGGAAGACAUUGGCUUUCGGCUUGCCGUGUAUUAAGAAAAUUCUGGAUUCAGGGAAGGCCAAGCGAAAACAUGCACGACCUGCAGCAGUCAUCAUUUCGCCAACCAGGGAGCUUGCAAUGCAGAUAUAUGAUCAGCUCUCGAAGUUUGCGGCCUCUGUGGACAUCAGAGUAACAUGUGUCUAUGGGGGUGUGAAGAAAGACGAACAGCGCGAGGCCCUGAAGACUGCAGCUAUCGUUGUUGCCACCCCUGGUAGACUAAAAGAUCUUCAAAACGAUGGCUCCGUGGAUCUUGGAAAGGUCAAAUACCUAGUCCUGGACGAAGCGGAUCGCAUGCUGGACAAGGGGUUUGAACAGGAUAUAAAAGACAUCAUCCGCUCCACGCCAGAUUCAAAACGCCAAACAGUUAUGUUCACUGCAACCUGGCCUCCAAGCGUCAGAGACCUGGCGGCUACUUUCAUGACUUCAGCUGUGACUGUCACCAUUGGUGGUGAUCCUUCCGCCGAUCCGCGUGCUAAUACCAGGAUUAAACAGGUGGUCGAGGUCGUGAAGCCUCAGGAGAAGGAGGCUAGACUUGUGCAAUUGCUCAGUCGCUCUCAGCGAGGCGCAGCAGUUUGCGAUAAGGUUCUUGUCUUUUGCUUGUACAAGAAAGAAGCGAUUCGUGUCGAGAGACUUUUACGAACCAAGAACUUCAAAGUCGCAGGGAUACAUGGAGACUUGAACCAGCACGAAAGAUUCAAAAGUCUGGAGGCAUUCAAAACCGGGGCGGCUACUGUACUUGUUGCCACCGAUGUGGCAGCCCGUGGCCUUGACAUACCGUCGGUUAAAUUGGUUAUCAAUGUCACCUUUCCUCUAACGGUCGAGGACUAUGUACAUCGAAUUGGCAGAACCGGGCGCGCGGGAGCCGAUGGCCAUGCCAUUACUCUUUUCACAGAAACGGAUAAAGCUCAGUCUGGCGCGUUGAUAAACGUUCUGAAAGCAGCCAAACAAGAAGUACCGGACGCUUUGCUAAAGUUUGGAACAACCGUGAAGAAGAAGCAGCAUGGUGCGUACGGUGCAUUCUUCAAGGAUGUGGAUACCAGCAAGUCAGCGACAAAGAUUGUUUUCGAUGAGUGAAGUCGUAUUACUUUGUCUUGCGGUAUGAGGUGUCCUGCUUCCAAGUUUGACAAACCCGGUUGUACAAUCCCCUCAAAUACGUUCUCUCGAAAUAUAGACUAUCAUAGAGGGCCGUCAGAGCUCAUUCAAGUCUUGUCCAAAGGGUAACUCACACUAGAAUGGCAUAGGAGGCGCAAAACCCUGCCGCCUGUAUCAGACCAUGAGAAUCGCUGUGGAACAGCUCUGGCCCGAGUAUUGUGAUUGUGGUCAUUAGAAAGCCA